GAGAGAGAGAGAGAGAGAGAGAGAGAGAGAGAGAGAGAGGAAGGUAUAGCGGAUCAUUUUUCCGCGGUUCCACCUCAUUCCCUUGAUUCCGACCUUUGUUCUUUCUUCCGUCGCCACCCCGUCGCAUCUCGUUCCAUGUACCGAUGAGGAGAGGAGAGGAGAAUUGAUCUUGGAGGGGAAGACGAGGUAAGAAAAGAGAGAUCUUGGAUAGCUUCUGCUCAGUCGGGAUUAAAAAUGCUGCACUAGUUUCAGCACCCGUCAUCAGAGGAGAGUAGCAGCAGGUUGCAGACAAAGUUCAGGUGGGUACGAGUGCUUGUUGGUGGAGAUCGUAGCGGGAUUUUUGUUGGAGUCUGUGGAAGUGGCGGCUGUGUUGCUGAUUGUUCGAUGGGAGGAGGGAUGCCCCUUUCUCUCCAAGAGAAGGGGGCUCCUCUGCAGGUCUUAGAAGGCGAAGAAGGCCUCUUUUGGUGUGCUUCUUCUUCUGCUACUGCUGCUGAUAAUAGCAAUAGUAAUACUAGGUGGAAGGAGAGGGCAGACGACCAGGAAAGGUUGGUGUUGGAGCCGCGGUCGGUUCUGGAAAGCCUGCGGAGCCCCAGCCCGCCAAGCUCCGCCUCCAACCUGUACCCCACCCGCGGCGGUGGCGGCGGAGGGCCGGCCUCCUCCGACGGCUCGGACUCCGCCACUCCACCGGCGGCGGAAGAGGCCCGGAGGGAGGAGGAACUCCUGCCCGUCCCCGCUGAUGAGGAGUGCUCCCUCGGUGGCGUCUGGGAGGCCUUGCUUUUGGAACAGGCCGCCUCUAUCGGCCAAGACCAGACCUUUCUCCGGUGGAUCACCAGCGAAGCCGACAACACCUCUUCUGUUGGCCAUGGUGGCACCCGAUCGCAUUUCGAUCCAGCUCUCGUGUUAGAAGGUGCUUCGGUGUCGGCGGAAGUCAUUAAUCCUCUUCCGCCGACUUCCUCUGUUCUCUCUGCCAGUGGUGCCACCUUUGGGUGUGGAAGUGUGAAUCCCAAUUCCUGCCUCCCUCCUCCCGCAGCGACUACCCUUCCCGUGCUUCUAUCUCCCACACAGCCCAGAGUCCUUUUCCAAGAAUCCACGGAGGGGAAGCCAUUCCUCUGCCCGAGCCUGCUCUUAGCUCAGCAACAGCAGGCCCGAUUCCCGCAUCAAUCUUCCUUCUUCCUCCCUUUGCAUCAGUUCACCGGCCACCAUGGGGGUCAGCCACCGCGGCAUCUUGGCUCGUCUCCCCGUAGACGCCCUGCCGUCCACCCCUUCCCCAUCUCCCGUGCCCCUGAACUCCGCCGCCCCAACCCGCCCCAGCAGCCGGGAUUCUCUCAGCAGUUCAACGCAUCUGCAUGCCAGCUUCAACCAGGACCGGCAAAACCCAAUUUAGCAAGCGGAGAUGAGGCACCCGCUGCUGCGGCAGCCGUGGCACAGGAGCAGAAGGCACUGAGCGACCAGCUCUUCAAGGCGGCCGAGUUGAUCGAGGUCGGGAACACCGUCAGUGCCCGAGGGAUAUUGGCGCGGCUCAAUCACCAGCUCCCCUUUCCCGUAGGGAAGCCACUCCUGCGGUCCGCCUUCUACUUCAAGGAGGCUCUCCACCUCCUCGCCGGGCAUUCCCCCCACCCACCUCCACCUCUUCCGAACCGAAUCUUGACGCCGUUGGACGUUGUGCUCAAGCUUGGAACCUACAAGACUUUCUCCGACGUCUCCCCCAUCGUCCAAUUCGCCAUCUUCACCUCCAUCCAACCCCUCUUGGAGGCGCUUGAUGGCGCGAGAUGCAUCCACAUCAUCGACUUUGACAUUGGGGUCGGCAUGCAGUGGUCAGUCUUCAUGCAGGAGCUUGCCCAGCAGUGGUCCUCAACAAUGGCUGCCACUCCAUGCCUGAAAAUAUCGGCUUUUACCUCGCCCUGCACCCACCACCCCUUGGAGCUCCAUCUGAUCCACCAGAACCUGUGCCGUUUUGCCGGCAGCCUCAACAUCCCCUUCGAAUUCAAUUUCCUUAGUCUCGACCCCUUCGACCCAUCAGUUCUCCUCGGAAGGUGUUCUGCUGUUGAUGAGGCCAUUGCCAUAAACCUCCCUGUAGGUUGCGCAAUUCGCCCACCCUUCCCAACUCUCAUAGAUUUCGUGAAGCAGCUCUCCCCGAAGAUCUUGGUCUCGGUUGAUCAUGGAUGUGAUCGCAGUGACCUGCCCUUUGCUCAUCACAUCCUCCAUGCAUUCCAGUCAUGCACAGUGCUCCUCGACUCAAUUGAUGCAGCAGGUGCCAAUCAGGAUGCAGCUAACAAGUUCGAACAGUUCCUAGUGCGACCAAGGGUCGAAAGUGCUGUUCUAGGUCACCAUUGUUUGUCGGAGAAAGUGCUGCCUUGGAGAACUCUAUUUGUGUCUGCUGGAUUUGUGCCUAUGCAAUUCAGCAACUUCACAGAGAUGCAAGCAGAGUGUCUUCUGAAGAGGGUGCUGGUUAGGGGUUUCCAUGUGGAGAAGCGCCAAUCUUCACUUUCCCUCUGUUGGCAGCAUGGGGAACUUAUAUCAGUAUCGGCAUGGAAUUGCUGAAGGAGCUCUUUUUCUCACAGGCAUGUCAUCUUGGAAUUUUCUUAUGCAUGUAACUUGAACUCUAUUUAGCUUUGAUUCAAAAACUAUGUUAGUUCUGGUCAGCAACUUACUCUAUCGUCAAAUAUGACAUUAUUUGCCAGUGCCUUGCAUUGUAUCCAUUCGACGAAGGCAUUUAACAGACUGGAAUGUCUUUUACAGUUUAACAGUUCUACUUAAUCUUA